CGUCUGUGGCUCUGCCCUGACGUCCUUAGCUGGCUGCCUGCUGCUCUUCAGAAUACGGCAGCAAACGGCUGUAAAGAAACAAAGGUAAGGGAAAUUUGUUCUUACCUGUACUGGUUCUCAGCCUGCCGUUUGGGAGGAACGUCCUUCCUCCCGCAGCCCCACGGACCCCGUAGCGUAGGUCCUUGGGCUGCUGUCCCAGAUGUCCACUGACGGCUACGGAGUAGUCGUGCUCUCUUCCGGGUCCUGCAACCGCUUCAAUCGGCUCCGGAGCCGCUAGCGACCGCAUCCAACAUAGACUCGGCUGAGUCUGGACACCCCCGGGACGUGUUGCUUCGCUUCCCGCCCGGCAGCAGUCAAUCUUGCCAGUGCGGAGAGCGACGUCGGGCACAGCUGUUUCCUCUCCAGAGGAUUCGCGUGCCGUCGGCUGCUGCUGGCUGCCCGCUGUCUCCGCGGUUCUCCCCUCCAGCUUCCCGCAGCUUCUUGCAGUCCUACCUGCAAGGUAAGUGGGAAACAUUUUGCAGUCUCUUACCUGCUUCUUCCACUUACCUCUAGGGAGACGUCGUCUCCUACGUCUGACUCGUUCAAUGCGUGUAUGCGAUAUGACACGCAUGCGUCGUAGCGGGCUUCUUUCACGUAGUCACUCACGUGACUCCGAAGUAAAAUUGUGUUUUAUUACUUUCAAAGGAUUAUGUUGCCUUUGAUAUCAAUGUGUCUUUUCUCUUCCUUUUCCAUUAUAGAGGCAAACACAGCUACUACUACACCUACAACCACUCCCACCACAAGCAGCACAACAACAGAGCCAACCACAGCUACUACUACACCUACAACCACUCCCACCACAAGCAGCACAACAACAGAGCCAACCACAGCUACUACUACACCUACAACCACUCCCACCACAAUCAGCACAACAACAGGUAUAAUUUUGCAUCAACUGUAUGCCUUGUUCAUCUUCCCAGACUAAUAUUUAAUAUUUAUUAUUUACUCAUACUGAUGCAGGGUCUCAAUCUCAUCCAGCUAAAAUUUCUGAUUCAAGUAAUUUACAUGCAAUUUAAUAUUCAGCAAUGUG